AUGCCCGAUUAUCGGAUCGAUCCUGUGUUCAGUCAUCAUUCACCCACGGGGAGGAAUGACCAUAAUUUAAUGAGUCGUUCCUGUGACGCUCCAUUUUCGGAGGAAAGCAAAGUUCGUCCGGUGGAUUUUUCCUGCAAGAUAUUUAAUAUUUCUCGAUCUUCUCAACAUUCUAACUCAUAUAUGUCUUCUUAUUCAAAAAAAUCAUCAUAUUAUGUAACACCAUUACACAAAUUAGAUAAAUUAACACAAAGCUAUAAAUCAAAAAAAGUUAUUGAAAAUGAUAACUAUAAACAAUUAUAUCGCACGGGUGAAUGUAUACCAUUUCAACAACCAUCGUCGUACCAUUGUCAUUAUAUACAUCAUCGAACAUCAAUUGAAAUAUUAGAUAAACUAAUUGAUGGUGCUCAUCAAACAACACAUUAUAUAAUUGACACAAAAUCAACUCCGUCCAUCACCUCAACCAUCGCAACCUGCACUCAUAUGUACGUCAUAUAG